AUCGAACAGCUUUCACACCGACCUCCUCCUGCUGCGGGGCCGAAUAAGCAAAAASCCACUCCGUGAAAGGCAGCUUCCUCGAUUUUAGUGGUGACAGAGCGCUUUCCCGUCGCCCACAUUCGCUGGUUUUAAAAGGCAUCGCCGAAACGGACUCGGAGCAAACGACAACAACGACCAUGGCGUCGCCCCUUCACAGGCUCGUGCCGUCCAGGAAACGUUCCAGGGCCAUCAUGGGCGGACAACAACAACAACAAAAGCAGCAGCAGCAACAACAAAAGCAACGACAACGACAACAACUGCUAGAAGAACGAGGACUGGAGACCUCCCGUGACUGCACAAAAGCAUCCCUCUCCGGCUCCCUGGUCGGCACCACCACCGAGGAACCGAACCGCGGGCAGCGGAUCCCGCUCCGCCUGGGUUCCGGGAGCCACAACCACCACCAUUACAGGACGGUCCUCUGUCUCGUCGUCUCCCUGCUCCAGCUCGCACGGCCGGUCCACCCGUGGAGUCCCUCCCCGUCGCUCUCGUCCCUCUCUGGCAACACACCGAGGGCAUCGGCGGAGAAGCACCGCGGCCACCGCCUUUCCGGGACGGCCUUCCCCUCCUCCGACGAGCUGCAGCAUCGGCAACAACAAGACCGGCCCCUCUCCUGGAUGUCGGCAAUGGAUCUCCCGGCCAUUCCCUCGUCCGAACUCUUGUCCUCGCGGUCCCUCCUUGCUUCGAACAACAACAACAACAACAACAACAACAUCCGGAUCGAUGCGAACGGCCAGCGUUCGUUCGAGCAUCCUUCGAUGUUGCUCGGAGAAUCCUUUUUCUCGCCGAUGGGAAGCCAGCGAACGACCGCGAGCAAGAAUCCCGGGUCCCCGGCGUCCGUUCCGCCCGCCAGAAGCCGCAGCGAGAAGCCGCUCGGCGGCGAGGRCRAGCGCCGCGUGCUGGGCUUCGAUGCCUUUGCACUGGGCUCCACACGCGACCGCCCGGCGAGCGAAGAGCGGUGGACCGGAGACGAGGCCGUUCCGGAGCGGCAGCCACGGCCGUCGGGCUUCUUCCCGGCCCCCGGCCUGACCUGGAAGAACUCGCCCCUCGGCCCGGACCACUCSGACGCCGGGCCUUUGUUCCCCGCGAGGGACCACCCCGAGCCGAUCGGGUUUUCGGGAGGACCGCUCGAGAACCCCCCGGGGGUCCGCCUCCUCCGCUUCUCGUCYGUCCUCCCGGCGUGGUUUCCCUGGAUCCCGACCAAGUCGCAGAUCUGGUCGCUCAAGGCGAAGGAACUCCGGGAAGCCUGCUCCCARCGGGGCCUUGCCAAGGUACGAGCACGACACGAGCACGAGUGCGGAGCCGCGUUCCCGAUUCGUUCCCGGAUCRCGCCUCGUUUGUGCAUGGAUCGAUCUCGCYUCGCCUAGCCUAGCCUCACCCUGUUUUUCCUUGCCUUGUUUUGCAUCGGUUGCCUCUGUAUUUUUUUCUSAACGCCCCUUUUUUCGCAGUCCGGCAACAAGCCGGUAUUGCGGGAGCGAUUGUGGGAGUGGACCACCGAGCACCAAAUACAACACCAGGCCAGACUCAGUGGUGAUUACCUUACGAACUGGUUCGAAGAAGACAGCGAUGCGAACGAUCCCAAUGCCUUUUUGCUAGAGCGAAGGAAACAGGAGCGUCAACAACACGAAACGAGGGAACCCUCCGGCAACGUCGAAAGAAAGAGCGAGAACGAACUCCGAAGCGAGUCGAUUGGAACGCGGCAAACACCCGACGAGAAUGGCGACAAACGACAAGCGAUCGAUGGGAACCGGACGCCGAAUUCCCUAGCGGAGUGGUCGAGGUCGGUCGACACGGAUAUGUUCAAGAAACGACGCGAGGAGAUCCAUCGUCGGAAGCGCAUCGGAAAGAAACCCGAUGCCAAGAAAUCGCACAAACACUCCUCGAUGGAGGGCGUCGCCGACACCCCCGAGGCCACCAGAGACUACCUGAGAAGGCUCUCGAACGCAAUGAACUCGUCUCCGUCCUCCCCGUACGCAUCCAACAACAAAGACGCCAGGGAGCUGUACGACGCGUCGAAAAAAGCCGAUCAGCUGGGAGAAACCGAGCUGGCCAUUUCGCUCCUGGAAUCCCUCUUGGAAAUCACCCCGAAGGAUGCCCGUCUCUACCGGCGGCUCGCGCGCAUGCACAACGACCAGGGAAACUCGGACGUGGCUCGUGCCACCCUCCAGAAGGGCCUCCGGUUGCUGCCCGACAAUCCGUGGCUGUGGCACGGAAUGGGACACCUCGAGCUAUCCCACGGCCGCACCGACUACGGAGUCCGGUGCUACCAACGAGCCAUCCAGGAAGACCCUUCCUUUGCCCAUUCCUACCAUGCCUGGGGGAUCCACGAGUUCUCGGAAGGAAACAUUGCGAAGGCCAUGAAGAUACUGAAGAAGGGAAUCGAGUACUGCCCAACCAACCACCGACUCCACCACGCCCUCGGCGAUCUCUACCGUGGUGCCAAGCUCCUGAAGGACGCGGAACGAUGCUACAAGCGUGCCCUGGAGGAAGGGCCCGCGGUGAGCCACGGCUUUGCCCUCUCGGCGCUCGCCAACGUGGCCUACGAGCUGGGCAACGUCGACGAGGCUCGACUGUGGCUCUACCAAUCGAUCGAAUCCAACAACGGAAGGCACGCGCAGGGAUGGCUGGCACUCGCGCAGCUCGAGGAAGCCGAGGGGAGCGUGGAACAGGCCCUGACGGUGUGCGAGGCAGCGAUCAUCCGGUACGAAAAAGAACUGAUCGAUGCCCGGAAGCGGUACAAGAGGGACUCGAGAAACUCGGUGUACUACGCCAAGACCUUUCGAGACCCGACCAGGUCCAAAGAAGUUAGGGAGGGCCUGAUGGAAUCCGUUCCAAAGUACCGAUCCGGGGACAAAUUUCUUAGUGUCUUUCGGCACUGGGCGCGKCUGGAGGGACGGUACGGAACCCACGACGGCACGAAUCGUGUCUACGAACGUGCCUCGGCCGCAUUUCCGGCAAGCCACCGGAUUUCGCUGGACUGGGCUCUGUACCACGCCAAGCUCCACAACGUCGGAAGGGCCCGGAGCCUUUUCGGAGAAGCCUGCAGCAGGGCGUCCAACCUGCACGCCGAUCCCUAUCGCGAGUACGCGUCCUUCGAGAUGUCCAUUGGCGAGUUCGAGCAGGCACGGAUAAUCCUCUUUCGGGGUGCACAGGCCGUGACGCGAUCGCCGGACGGGGGACUCGGAGACACCAGUGGGCGGGGACUGGCGCAGCUCUACGUCACGUGGGCCGUGUGCGAGUGGCACCUCGGAAACAUUCCCCGGGUGGAAGUCCUCUUCGAYCACGCCCUCCGCCUGACGGAGGUCGGCAGCCGGGAGGGCUCCGAGCUCCGGUCCUUUAUCUUGUUUUGCAUCGCGCGGUUGGAAUACUACGAGCGAGACGAGCUCUACCUAGCGCAGCACUGCAUCGGCCUCUGCCUAAAGGAGAACUCCCUGUGCGGUGGCAACGCCCCGGUCUGGAAGCUGUGGGCCAAGGUCGCCCGCGACAUGGGAAACCACCACAUGGAAGACGAGUGCCGCGGGGAAGCAAGGCGCUGCGGGAGGACCCGGGAAGGCGAGGCCGGAGAAGACACCGUCGUGGACGCGAUGGACGUCCUCAAGGAAUCCCAGAACAUGAAGAACCUGCUGCGGCAGCAACCCUGGCACGACAAGCUGCAGACCGCGCGGGGGUCCGGGCCGGYKGCAUCGGCGGCAGCAACGACGACGCCACCGGGUUCGAUCGGGGACUUUUGCGCGGGCCUCCGCAUCCCCACCCGCCGGAAGCGCCGACGCCGGAGCGACCGAACCGCCGCCGGGAGCAGGGUGCGGACCGGAGGCGCAGAAGCAACGCGAAAUCCACCGGGUUUGGUGCGCCUCCCGGACGAUUCGUGCGAGGAAACCAAGAACMGCACAGAKCCAAACCACUAAUCCUAGGACAUAGAAUACAAAAGUUACACACAC